AUGGCAGGCGACCAUGGUUCGCAAGCCCAUGUGGUCAUGGGCAUUUGUCUUGCGUUUGCGAUCUUGACAUUUCUGGUUUUGGCUCUGAGACUCUUUGCUCGUGUCUAUGUACUCGGCAAUAUGGGUGUUGAUGACUAUCUCAUCAUCGGAGCUGCUCUUCUCGCUUGGGCAUUUAUUGGAGCCACAAUCGCAGCUGUCAAGAAUGGCCUGGGUUCACACAUCGGAAACGUUGACCCAAGUUUACUCCUCAACUACUCCUUUGCGGUUUGGUUGAGUUCCAUGUUUUAUCUGGCUUGCCUCGGGUUCAUCAAAACAUCGGUCUUAUUGUUCUAUACUCGACUCGGAGACCGCUACCUCACUCGCAUGUCCUGGAUCAUGAUAGGCGUCAUAAUUUGCCAGGCUGGCUCGUUUGUCCUAGUUGCAGCCUUCCAAUGUUCACCAGUCAGCAAGGCCUGGACGGGCACUGGCGAUGGAACAUGCGUCAACAUCAACAUUUUUUAUCUUUGUAAUGCCGCUUUGAACAUCCUGACCGAUCUUUUGACCUACACCUUACCCGUGCGCGUCAUCUUCAAGCUCCAGAUGCCCCAAAAGCAGAAGAUUGCGCUCGGUUUCAUUCUCUGCUUGGGUCUCUUUGCCUGCGUCUCCUCUAUCAUUCGAAUCACCUACAUCCCCGCCAUGCUCAGCUCCGCCGACUAUACCUACGCAAUCAGCGGUGCCAUGUACUGGUCCGUCAUUGAGUCCAAUGUCGGAAUCCUCGCCGCCUCAAUCCCAUCCUUCAAGGCCAUCGCCUCCCGCUUCCUGCCCCGUUUCAUCGGCGAGUACAGCAGUGGGCGCAAAUACGGUCCCUGGUCGGGUAACACCGAUGCCAGGAAAUACGGAUCUGGGUUCACCAAGGUGACGGAUCCGAACCAGAUUACCAUGGGCACGAUGAACCAGGAUGAUAUCGCGAUGGGUACGCAGAUCGGGGCUGGGGACCGGGAUAAUUCGAGCGAAGACCGCAUUAUCAUUCCCGAUGGGAAGAUCUUCACUCAAACGGAGAUUGAGACGACUGUUGAGACUUCCAAUGACUUCGAUUCGGCCCUUGAGCGGGCUCACCGGUCGAAGCGAGGGUAUUGA